AUGUCGAGUAAUCAUACCACUGUGAUAGAAAAAUUAAAGAGAAGUAAAUGGGAGGAAAUUAAUACAAAGUUUAAUGAGAAUGAAAGUUUAAUAAAUGAGUUGGCUCAAGCGUUUCCAGAAGUUAAGGAGGAUACAAUCAAAGCGAUUAUGGUAGCAUCUAAAUUUGAUAUAAGUGAAACAAUGAAUGCACUACUAUAUUUGGAAAGUAAAGAGAACUUUAUCAGGUCAAUAAUACCAGACCUGGACAAUAAAGUUUUGUUAUCGCCCGAGUUUAGUGCUACAGAUGGUGCAAACAGUUUUUUCAAGAUAGGAAAAAUAUUCGUUUCGCAGUUGUUUUCAGGUGCUAGUAAUUCUGGUGAUGUACCUGCUACAUCGGCAACAACAGCUGUUGUCAUCGAAGAGCCACUCGCUGCCACUGGUUUGCCAUUUUCGGAAUCGCCGGUCACGUGUGGCGAAAAGUUGACUACACUCCCCGAAGAACCCCUUGCAGAAGAAGAGGCCUUAGAAUUAAAAAAAAAAAAAAAAACUUAA